AUGUUGACGACUCGUUAUGCUGUUUUAAUUCGCCUGUGUAACACUCUACUUCCAGGAGAUCCUGUUGAGGAUAUCAAGGACAUUACACCAGAAGUUGUAAAUAAGUGUUUAAACAACUCUGCUUUUACGACGUCUUCAAUUGGGGAAUUAUUAACACAGCACUGUGCCGAAGUGAACAAGUGGCUUUUGUCCAACAAAAUUCAAUCGGAGUGGAGAGAUGGCACCUUAUUAUGUGAGUUACUAGAGAAAGAGGGUGUUCAAAUGAAUGACUGGAAAACACUUCCUAAGCUCAAGCGGAUCAAACUUUGCUUGAAACGGUCGAAAGAGUUAAAGAUCCCAAAGAUCAUUUCUGCAGAAGAAAUUAUGUUGUGUAACGACGACGUCCCAGUCAUGUUAUUCAUCUCACUAUUUCGGAACAAAGAGAUCGAGCUGAAAAGAGUCGAGGCAAGUGGCGAACACGUCGAAGAGAAAAUUUUAGUUGACAUCCCCCAGCAAUUGAAAACGGAAUUCUUUGGCGCUAAAAACGCGACGCUGUUGUUCGCGCAAAAACUCGAGAAGAUGAUCUCCGACGACUUGACUCGAAAGGGUGACAAACAUGUCUCUAAGUUGGCGCAUAAGUCCAUUUCAAUGGAAUUCAAUAAGAGAAAAAGUAUCUCUAACACUGACUUGAACUCCCCUAGAGUCGCUGUUGCUGUUAAAAUUCGAGAGUUAUCGAAGACACCAGAUGUGCAAAGAAAUGGUACACCAAAAUUAACACCAAAAGGUACUCUACCACUUAAAGUGUCUUUUUGCGAGACUAAAAGUGGAGACGUGACCCCGCUAGAAUGGACAACAAAGUCAUUCUACAAAGAAUUGAAGGAAAAUGCCGAAUGA